AACUGAACUCCGAUCAUACACAAGAAAUCCCUAAAUUUUCAAUCACGCUUGUGAGAUUCGGUUUCGAAUUUGGGAGUGAAGAGUGAUCCGGUCCUACCUGCAGAGGAGAAUGGGGCAGAUGACGAACGGAAAAUCCAAGAAAGGAGCGAAAGAGGAGAUUAAGAAGGAAGAAGUUGAAGAAGAGGAAGAAGAGCAGGAGCAAGACGGAGUUUCUGUGCAUUCGCCUUGCAAGAUCAACUCGUCCACUCUCCGGAAGGAGAAUUCGGAGGUAGAAUUGGAGCUGAGAUUGCUUGAAGCUCUCGAAAUCUAUCCUCCAUCCAAAUUACGAGGCCCACACCGUCACUUUGUUCUUUAUGGUUUAACCGAGUAUAUGCGCAAAAGUUUCGAUCGACCAUUUACUGCGGAUGAAUGUCUGAAGUUGCUGGGGCGAUUUUACAAUUUGGACAUGGUGAAACCAGAUGACGAGGAUGCCGAGUUUCUGAGUCAGGAAGAAGAUUUCCAUUUGCCGAAGAGCUAUUUUGAGGAAGAGACUUAAUAUGGUGGCGAGUAAAUAGAAGUUGUUCUUACACGCCUCGAAAUAAAACUGCAAGGCGUACGACGACUUCUUACUCUAGAUGUUAUUUACAUUUUGUGUUGGAAGCUGGUAGACAAAAGAAGGGAAUAUCGAAACUAAACAGCGCCGAUGCAUUGAGCAAUGUAUAUUCUAAAAAUGAUGGCAUUUCUAAAUUUUACUAGCUUUCAAUAACAAUUUGUUGACAUCA